GUCGUUAGACAUUGCGCACAUUACAGUAGUACUCCCACCGACAUUUUGGGAGUCAGAAUAUAAAUAUUGUUGUUGUGUAUUUUUGGUGUGCUUAAUUAAUAUGGUUCACACGUGCGUAGUGGCUGGGUGUCGGAACAGGAGGACCCCCGGUACCGCGUUAUCCUUCUACAGGUUUCCACGCGAUCCGGAGAGGAAGCAGCGCUGGAUUGCUGCUGUGAACCGUAAGGGCUGGGUGCCAAACGAGGGCAGCAGACUCUGCAGUAACCACUUCAUUUCAGGUAGUCUAUUAUAAGAAAGUUGUCUAACGCAUGCUCAAUCCACAGGUGAUCGGUCAUCCAUCAUUUCAUAACUGAUCAUGUGUAAACAAGUGAAGAAUCCUAGAUCUCCAGACUACAUCCCAUCAGUUUUCACCUCUGCUACGCUAUCCCCAAACACUGAAGAAGCAAAUGCUUUUGAACCGUUUGACAAACAAGAAGCACAAGUUGAAGCUGCAAACGCCUUGCUUUUCCUUCAAGGUCAGGGACGUUCUAGUGAUGGUCGUAACCCAUGUCAAGCUGAGCCUGAAAGCACUUCGUCUUGUCUGAACAGUGAUGAUGAAAUAAAAGACGGCGAAGGGACGGAAGAAAUCGUCUUAGAGAGUGAAAACGAGAGCGAAGGAGAAGAGCCUGAGAGAAAGAGUUUGACAAAGUCUGUCGUUUAUGAGGCCAAAGUAAAUGCCCUGAAGAAAGAGAAUAUGAAACUGAAGGAGUCCUUAGAGAAGAUGUCUCUCACCGAAGCCUCUUUUAAGAACGACCCGGAAAAGGUUCAGUUCUACACAGGAUUACCGAACUAUUUUGUCUUCGAGACAGUAAUGUGGCUCCUUGUGCCGCAUAUGAAAGGGGACACAAAUGCAAAGCUUUCGAAGUUCCAGCAAUUACUUUUGACUUUAAUGAGACUUAGGCUUGAUCUUAGGAAUCAGGACUUGGCUUACCGUUUUGGAGUUAAAGUUUCCACAGUAACCAGGACUGUUCAUCGAAUCAUCAACGUAAUGUUUACAACGCUGGUCCCCACUGCUGUAUUCUGGCCUUCUAGACUGGAACUCCGGAAAAACUUACCAGAAGCUGUGAAGCGGACGCAUCCAGACUGCGCUGUGAUUAUAGACUGCUUUACAGCGUCGCUUGAAAAAGCAGUCAGUAUAGAUACGCAUCGUCAAGGCGCGAGAGCAACGAGAGACGUGACCGCUCCAUCAUCACAGUCUGCUUUUAUCAGUGAGCUCAAAUAUGUCAUCGGUGUCGCCCCCCAGGGGGCGGUCAUGUUCGUCUCCAGAGGAGCGCCCGGCAACAUUAGCGAUAAGACUCUGGUCGAGAGUUGUGGCCUCCUUGAUAAGCUCCUGCCAGGAGAUGUGGUUCUGGCUGAACGUGAUUUUGACAUUAAGGACUUGGUAGGAGCUCACAGAGCUGAGCUCACGAUCACUACAAGCGAACGUCACGAGAUUGACCAGAGAAACCAGGACACAAGAGACGAGGCUUUACUGGUUUCUACAGAAAGAAUGAACGUGUAUAGGCAUGUGGAGCGGGUCAUACAAAUGGUCAAAAAGAGAUAUUCUAUGCUGACUGGACCAGUAGAGAGCGCUUUUACAGUCAUAGAUCGUAGCACCAAUGUGACCACGUUUGACAAGAUGGUACAGGUUGCAUGUGCCUUAAAUAACCUGUGUAUUUCUGCUGUUCCACUUGAUUGACUGGCAUCCUAGGAUGUGGAAAACAUCAGAAGGAUACAUAACAUUUCUCAAGGGAUCACAGUUAAUAGGGUUUUCAUGUUUACGCAUAACAUAUUGUAGCUAUUUCACUUGUUUCCGUUUAUAACAGGCCUUUUAUCAUGUGAUGUUAGUAUGAGCGGGUAAAGGCUGCACAUUGCAUGUAAAGCCUAACUUGUCAUCUAUCUAAAUCACUAUCUAACUAUGAACCGUUGACAGCUGGCACAUGGAUCACAGUAAAAAAUAUUCAUUCUCUAACUGGAACUUGUCUUAUAGUUUCUGGCAACGAAGUGCACCUGAAAUUAAAUUCAGCCGCAGAA